CAUCUUGUGGCCAAUUACGUUUCAACGUUUGAGAUAUUUAAAUUACUAAAAACAUUUGAUCAUUCUCAAUUUCUCAAUUUGUCAAUUUCUCUUGAUCUUGGUUAAUGGAUCAAAGGUCACUAGAAGCUGCUGCUAAAUCUGGAAACAUCGAUCUGUUAUACGAACGAAUCCAUGAAGAUCCAUGCGUUCUUGUCAAAAUCGAUAACGUGCCCUUCGUUGAUACUCCUCUCCACGUAGCAGCCGUCGCCGGACAAACAGAGUUCGCCAUGGAAAUGAUGAAUUUGAAACCAUCUUUUGCUCGGAAACUUAACACCGACGGACUUACGCCGUUACACCUCGCAGUCGAUCACAGUCACUUCUGGCUAGUUCUUGAAAUAGUUAAGAUUGAUCCAAGCCUUGUUCGUCUUCAAGGGAGACAAGGUAUGACGCCAUUGCUACUUGCGGUAAGCAGAGAGAAGAUUGAUAUGAUAUCAGAAUUUUUCUUGAUUUGCCCUGAGAGCAUCGUGGACGCAAACGUGAACGGAGAGAACGCUCUUCACAUCGCUGUGAAGAACAACGAAGACCAAAGAGAAGGAUUAAAAGUCCUUAAAGUUCUCAUGGGAUGGAUCCUAAGAUUGUGUCAAAAGGAUGCAGAGUGGAUCGAGGCAAGAGUCAUAAACCGAAGAGACAGUGAUGGUAACACGCCUUUACAUCUUGCUGCGUAUGAGAAUAAUCGGGAAGCUAUGAAACUGAUGUUAGAGAGUUCCAAGAUUAACGUCAACAUAGAGAACAAGAACGGUUACACUGUUCUGGACAUUGCCUUGGUACAAAGACAACACAAUAACAGAGGAGAAAUAGAGAGACUGGUUAAGAGACAUGGCGGAAAAUGUUCGAGUUCUCUUGUAAAGAUCAAGACAACAUCAGAUCUACUCGGCUCGCGGCUAACAUGGAGAGAAUCGAGACGGACGAGGAUGAUACGUUCAUAUUCUUGGAUCUCUGAAGAAAGAAGAAACGCUCUUUUAGUGGUCGCCACUCUGAUAAUCACAGCUACUUAUCAGACCGCUCUCCAGCCUCCCGGAGGCGUUUCUGACGGCGGCGGAAGCGGUGGUGGAACGGUCGGUGGGAAAGUGGGUUCUGUGGUUAUGGAAGAGGGAAACUUUAUCUGGUUAUGGUUAUGGAACAGUGCGGGUUUCUACUUAGCCUUGGCACUGACGCUACGUUUGUUGAGUUUAGGGCAAGAGAGUAUGUUUUGGUAUUAUCCUCUCAUCGUUCCUCUGUUAUUUGCUUACAAUGUGGCAGGGCGAGUGAUCUCACCAAACUCGAGAGCAUUCACGAUCGGAGACGUGGGUUCGUUCGUGGCUCUUGCGAUUUGGGGGUUGGUGGUCUGGUUUUGGGAACGGAUACAGUCUAAGCGAAGCAAGGUUCGUGGACCAAAGAGUGUAUUGGUGUGGGAAGGUUUCACUACGUUGGAUGAAGCUAGAGGUGUUGCGCCUAAGGGGCAUUUGAUUAAGUGAUCUUGAUUACGCCUAAUAAAUACUUUUACUGUUUGUGAGGUCACAUGAGUUUCAUAGAUCGUUAUGAGGAAUAUGCCAUUGAUGUAUAGUUAUGGUAAAGUCUGUCAUCAACUCUGUUGGAGAACAAGGGCUGUGUCGUAAAAUCAGGAAAGUUUGUAUUUUGUGAUCGAGUUUGAUCAUAGAGCGAUAUGUAAAAGUUUAUAAUCCUAGACUCCUAGUGUAAUAGCAGCUAGACAGAUAGCAACAUGUAAACCAAAUGCUUCAGAGAAGUAGUAAUUGUGUGAAAAAUAAGACUUUUGCUAUAAGAAGCUUGUUUUUCCGAGA